UGAAAAGGCAAAAAUAAGAGUAGAUCUACCAUUUCUGAAUAGGUCAGAGCAGUAUUUUAGGGGAAGAAGACACAAGGGUUCUCUGAGACAGGACAGACAAUUCUCCAAGCAACCUGUCAGUCAUUGAAACAAUUCCUCUAGAAAUUUGAGAGCCUUGACGUGAUGGAAAAUAAAGGAUCUGAACAAAAAUUUGCAUCAACUUGGGCCAUAGUGACUGAAGCAAACUGUAGCUGGAACACGUUUGAGCUGAAAGAGGCAGCAUCCAUCACCUAAGUAUCAUCUAUGUGGCUCUGAUUUUUCUUUUAGCCCUUCAAAGGUCUUGGAUCAGAGUGCUGCCAAAAUGAGUGAAUCUCUUUCAAGCAGUUACUCCGUGAAUCAGCCAAACUCCUCUGAGAGUGAACAGAGUUUAUCUACACGCCAUUUCAAUGUUACUGAACCUGUAGUGGCCAAAAGGAUCUGUUUUUAUAAAAGUGGAGAUCCUCAGUUUAAUGGAAUCAAAAUGGUCAUUAACAACCGGUCUUACAAAACAUUUGAUGCCUUGCUGGAUAGCUUAUCUAAACGGGUCCCGUUACCUUUUGGAGUAAGGAAUAUCAGUACGCCAAAAGGGAGACACAGCAUCACCAGUCUGGAGGAUCUUGAAGAUGGAAAAUCUUAUAUUUGCUCCCAUCAGAGGAAAAUGAAGCCUAUCAACCUAGAACGGGCUAGCAGAAAGCCACUGCCCUGGCAGAUCAGUAGGCCUGUCAGUGCUCAUGGAUUUGGCCAUCAAGAAAGCACAAUAACAACUCCCAGAAAGAUGCUUGUUUUCAAAAAUGGAGAUGUAAGACUCAGACGCACCAUAGUUCUGGGAAAGAAAAAUACACAAACCUUUGAGGCCUUUCUGGAUUACAUGAGUGAAUUAAUGCAGUAUCCAGUUGCAAAACUUUAUACCACUGAUGGCAGAAAGGUUCCUAAUCUUCAGGCCCUGAUAUUGUGCUCUGGAGCUGUAGUUGCAGCAGGGAGAGAGCCUUUUAAACCAAGUAAUUAUGAAUCUCUUGGGUAUUCACGGCCUGCCAGAUUACUUGGAAUUGCAAAUCGUGUGUACCCCAAAGCAAAUUUGAAGUCAGAAAGUGAAAACAGUAAGAAAUGGAAGGUGUCAGUCCUCACCAGUGAUAUGCCAUCUGCAGGAACAAGCUCAAAGGUUUAUAUCAUAUUGUAUGGGGAUCACGGCAGUUCAGGACCUAUUUUUCUUGAUGGAGAGAAGGGAAAAUUAUUUCAGAGAGGCAGUGAAGAUGUCUUCACAAUUCAUACAGGAAACAUAGGACGUCUCUACAAAAUACGCAUUGGACAUACUAAUGCAGGAAGUUGCCCUGCCUGGCACUGUGAAGAGGUGCAGUUGCUGAAUCUUUUUUCAGGGGAGCAGUUUUCUUUCCCUGUAAAUCGAUGGCUGGCCUGGGACCAGGCUGAUGGAGAGAUAUCUGUGGAGCUUCCUGUAUUACAUCAGGGUCAGCCUGUUCUUCCAGUGACUGUCUAUGAAGUGCAUGUGACAACAGGAGAUCUGUGGAAUGCUGGAACUGAAGCUGAUGUGUAUAUUUCUAUCUACGGAGAAAAAGGUGACACAGGAUCAAGACAACUGGUCAGGUCACAGAAACCCAAGAAAUUUUUGAAAGGACAAACUGACAUCUUUCUUGUGGAAGCUGUGCACCUUGGCCAUUUGUACAAGAUUGUUAUAGGACACAACGGUCUUGGAUCAGGAAAUGGAUGGUAUCUGGACAAAGUUGUAAUCAAGGAUCCUGUAACAGAUCUGGAUUAUACUUUUCUUUGCCACAGAUGGCUGGACAAUGGGCAGGACGAUGGCAACAUUGCGAGAGGACUGACUGUGACAGAUGCCAGCACAUUUCCAGGAAGGAAAGAGCUGGAGAUGAAGAGAGAGGAAACUUGGGCUGCUCAAAAGUGGAAAUUUCAGGAAGGCAAUAAACUUCAGCUUUACAACAGGCUCACCCAUGGUUUCAUAUGUCUCUAUCCAGACAGCAGCGUUGAUGCUCUUGGUGACAAGAAGAAUAAAUAUGGACUUUUCAAUGUAAUUGUCAAAAAAGGAAAUAUUUCUGUAUUCAGAAGUCAUCAGAUACCACAUCUUGCUCUCGCUCUUGUCAAUGGCUAUGCAACUGGAAAGAGCAAAGACAAGUCUUCCUGUGAGCUCUGCAUUCACCUUCAACCAAAUGGUUGUGCCAUUCUCGAGUCAGCGAGGAACCCAGGUCACACUGUAAUGUUCAAUCUUCAAGGCAAAGUAGCUGAUGAAAAAACAGGAUAUGCUGGAAUUUCCAAGGAAUUUGUUGUGCAUGUCAAGGGUGUAUUUCACCAUGGUGCCAUCAUUCUGCUCAACACAAAUCGUUGCCAGGCUCUGACUCUCAGAUCUGAUGGGGGCUGCAGUGGAGCAGGUCAGCAGCAACAGGAAUCCUACUGGAGGGUGCAUAAAAUUGGUUCUGGAGUCUGCAUGUUUGAGAGUGUGAGUAACCCAGGAAAGUACCUGAAGAUCAAAGAUGGCCAGUGUAAUGGAACAGGCACGGGUGAUGAAUACUGUCACUUUAAAAUUGAGAAGAAUUGGGAGGCUGGAUCUGUAAGUCUGGAAUCAGUGCGGAGUAAAGGGAUAUACGUUGGUCUCCUUCCAGAUGGUCAGACCAAGCCAGUCAUUAACAUUGGAGAGAGCAACACUUUUUUCUACCCGCAGGUCAUCAAAUUUGGCUGGGAAAAUCCCACAGGAACUCCUGUAGAAACCACUCAAGAGAAGAAAGACUUCAGAGAAUCUGAAUGCUCGCCAGCAAAAGCCCAGUGGCAAACAUCUCAAAGACCUUUGGUUUUUCCACCCUCAGAAGAAAUGAGAAAUCCCCAAGUUGGUGAGUGUUCCCUUCCUUCAUCUGAUGACUGGAAAGUGUCAGUGCUGACGGGAAGUGCAGGAGCUCGAGCAAAUGCCACUCUCUGGAUAUAUGGAGAUGGAGGAGCAGACGGACCAAUAACUCUUGGCAAGGAGAACAGAAAGCAGUUGUUCCUUCCUAGGCAAGAGGAUGAAUUUCAGGUUAAACUAAAAAGAGUUGGGAAUAUCUACAAGAUAAGAAUUGAACUUGGUGAAUUACUGAAUAAGCAGUCAGAGUGGAACAUACGAAGGGUGACACUGCAACACCUGAUGAGCAAGAAAACUCUGAAUUUUCCAGCAAACACAUGGUUGUCAAAGAGUGAUGGUGAUAGGGAUUUUGUCUGUGAGCUUCCAUUAGUGGAAGCUGGAAAACCUAUUUAUCCAAUUAUUUUAUAUCAUGUUAAUGUCUACACGGGUGACUUGGAGCAAGCUGACACAGAUUCUCCAGUUUAUCUGUGUAUCUUUGGAGAAAGAGGAGAUUCUGGUCAAAGACUUCUGCAGAAAUCUGGUAUCCCAGUGAAAUUUUUGAGAGGAAAGGUCAAUGCUUUUGAAGUGAAAGCUGUAUCUCUUGGAAAGCUGCAGAAGGUGCUGUUGCGCUGUGAGGCUAAUUCAAAGUCUCAGUAUUGGUACUGCGAUAAAGUCAUUGUCAGAGAAGAUGGGAAUAACUCAGAAUAUGUUUUCAAUUGUGAAAGGUGGCUUCCUUUUAUGUCCCAAGGUGUAAUUCAUUCAGAAAUGGAGCUGUACCCUCAAGAAUUUCAAACAACUCAACAGCUGAAAAGGCAAGAGGCAGCUAAUGAAGGAGACUGGAAGAUUACCGUAGUCACUGGGGAUUUUGAAGCAGCUGGCACAACAGCAACUGUAUGCCUUUAUGUUUAUGGAGAAAACAAAGCUUCUGGCCCUAUUAUUUUGGGAUCUGGGAAACACCAGCUGUUUAAUCCCAACAGUGAAGAUAUAUUUAAGAUUAAUAUCAGGGAUCUUGGGCAGCUAUAUAAAAUCCGCAUUGGCCAUGACAACACUGGUAAUGAUCCCAGCUGGUACCUGGAGGAAAUCAGACUUGAAAGAAUGUCUCCUUUUUCUCAAGAAGAGAUUUGUCUGCCCAUAGAGUGCUGGCUUGCAGAAGACAAGGGUGAAGGUGAUACAUGGAGAGAAGUGGCAAUAAGAAACUCUACAAAGGAAAUUUUGCCAUUGCUUGUGUAUGAGAUCCAUGUUCACACAGGUGCUAAACUUGGUGCUGAAACAGAUUUUAAUGUUUAUAUCAAUCUUAUUGGGACAAGAGGAGAUGCUGGCAAAAGGAAGCUCCAUAGAUCUAAGAACAAUAAAGUAAAGUUUCAACAUGGACAGAUGGAUAUUUUCUUCAUAAAGGCUGUCUCACUUGGAGACUUGGAGAAAGUUCUGAUUAGCCAUGAUGGAACUGGUCCAGGUAAUGGAUGGUUCUUGGACAAGAUUGUUAUUAACUAUAAAGAAGGAAAGGAAGGGAAAGAGGUUGUAUUUCCUUGUAACAGGUGGUUAGGUGAAUAUCGAGAUGAUGGGAAAACUGUGAAGGAGCUAACUGCUGAAAAAGCUGGCAAUCCAGAGAUGGCAUUCUUUGAUGCACAACAGUGGAGAGUGCAGGUGAAAACAGAUGGAGAUUCCCCAGAGCCACAAAACUGCAAAAGGACCCUUGUGAUUUAUGGCUCGAAGGGCAAAAGCAAUGAGCUACUGCUUUCACCACAAGACCCAGGACAUGUAUGUUUUCUACCCAGAGCAACUGAUGAAUUCAUUGUUGAGACUGGAGAUGUGGGAGAUGUGUAUAAGAUUCGGGUCAGCUGUGAUGACGUGCCAGGCUUUGAGGGUUGGCACUUGAAGUCUUUCCACUUAGAAGAGCUACAUACAAAACAAGAGUUGAACUUUGACUGCAACUGCUGGCUGUCUCUUAGCAGAGAAGACAAGGAGCUGGUGAAAGAAUUCCCUGUAGUCAGAGAGGACCAGAAAACUUUACCAGUCCAUAAAUAUGUUGUCUCUGUACAUACUGGUGACCGCUGGGGAGCAGAAACCUUUGCAAACGUUUAUAUCACCCUUUAUGGCAAAAGAGGUGACACAGGUGUAAGGAAUCUUCAUACACCUUUAACAACAGAAAGGAAAUUCCAAAGGAAUAAGGUGGAUUCCUUUUUGGUGGAAGCUGUUUCUCUGAGUCAUUUGCAAAAAGUGAUCAUAGGACAUGAUGGGCAAGGAUAUGGGGCUGGAAUGUACCUCAAGAUGAUAACAGUCAGGGAAUCACAAGACUCAGACAAUGAGUGGGUCUUUCCGUGCUGGAACUGGCUUGAUACUCAUCUGGGAUUAUGUGAGACUGUUUGUGAGAUAUUUACAGUUGGUAGAAGAUUGAUUUCUCAUCCUAAACUGCCUAAAGUCAUCAUGCAGUCAUCUGGUCUCUGGAUAAUGGACAUCACUGGAUCUGACUGGAGCAGUGAAGAGGAUCCAUUACACCUCUCUUUAAUCUUCUUUGGCAACCAGAAUCAUAAGAAGUUGCCACUUCAAGUUACAGGAAAAGAAAUUCAAAUCAAAGAUGAACUGUCAGAUAUUGGCUCGCUAUACAAAGUUCAGGUAACCGGCCCACACAGCAAGCUAAAACAGCCGUGGCACUUAGAUUUACUGCAUAUGAAGCACACGGGCACAAAGGAAGAGAUGUAUUUAGCAUUUGACUGCUUGUUCAACCCUAAUGAAGACAAAUGUGUGGAACUGCCAGCUCUCUAUGCAGAUCAGGAGCCUUUGCCCGUUGUGGAAUAUUCAAUCAAUUUGCACACCGGAGACUUGAAGAAAGCAGAUGCCACUGGUGAGGCUUAUCUGUGUAUUCAAGGAGAAAGGACUGACUCAGGGAAACGAUGGCUUAACUCGAGAAACAGCCUGAUUACUUUUGCUAGAGGGCAGGUGGAUGUUUUCAAAAUCAAAGCAGUAUACCUUGGCAAGUUGAAACAAGUUCUCAUUGGAUUUAAGAGUACAAAAAAAGAUGAGUGGCUCUUGGAAAAAAUUGUUAUAAAAGAAGUCAGCUACCCUUUUUCUUCACAUGUCUUUGUUCAUAAUGACUGGAUCAAUAAACAUCCUAAGAAAGAUUUUGUGGAAGUGGUAAUUCCUCUCAAAGAAAUGUCUGUGACAUCUCUUCUUACAAAACAAAUUAAUACUAAAAGCAGAGGACGAUGGCAAAUGUGGGUACACUGUGUGGAAGUUCCAGAAGAUACACCUGAUGUUCAAGUUGUGGUAUUUGGAACAGAAGGGAAAUCUUCUUCGCAGAAAGUUCAGAAUCUGAAUGAUAAUCCAUUUCUGUUGACUGUUGGAGAUGUUGGAGAUAUAACAAAACUUUCAUUUUUGUUAUCCAGUCCAUGUUUGGAAAGAGGAAUUAAGCUUCACAAGCUUAGGCUGAAAGAUCUGGACACUAAACAGGAACUGAGCUUUCCCACUGAAGCCCAGUAUCUGUUUGGAGAAGAUGGAUCUGAGACUGUGACAGAGCUAGCAGCAGUCAGACCAGACAAAGCGCCACUCAGAGAAGUUCUUUACUCAGUCAGAGUUCAUACAGGAACGUUGCCUGCAUCAGGAACUGACGCAGACGUAUUUAUAACUAUAUUUGGAGAGCAGGGAGAUUCCUGCAAAAGGAGACUAAGACACUCAUGUUUUGAAAAAGGACAGGUCAGUAUCUCCGAGGUGAGAGCAGUAGACCUUGGACAAUUAAGCAAAGUGCUUGUUGAGCACAGUAAUGUUGGUUAUGGAGCUGGAUGGUACUUGGACCAAAUUGUCAUCCAUGAAUCAGGCAAGACUGAUAGCCAAUAUAUAUUUCUUUGCCGGCAAUGGUUAGACAGUGGAGUUGGUGAUGCACAGAUGGAACGAAUGUUGAGACUUCUCGGAAAAGUCAGGAAUGAAAUGCUGACAGAAAAGAUUCACGGGACUUGGGAUGUCUUUGUCACAACUAGUGAUAUUUCUAGUUCCACAAAUCCUAAAAUGUCACUAACUGUUUGUGGCGGAAAAGGUGUCUGUACUUCAAUCAUACUCCCAAAAGGAUCCCUUAAAAAAAAGCAAGUUUAUGAGACUUCAAUUGAAUUAAACAAGAAAUUCACUACUAUAUUUAAAGUUCGCCUAGAAAUUGAAGAAGCUGGAGAAGGAGAGUCUUGGCAUUGCCAUCAGGUGAAACUUCAACACAGAGUAAGUAAAAAUCUUCUGGAAUUUCCAUUUUGCCGCAACUUCGCAGAUGACGAAGGGGAAAGAGUGGCUGAGCUUCCAGUUCUCAUAGUCAAUUCUCCUUUUCCACCAGUGAAAAGCUAUGUUCUCUAUAUCACCACGGGAGCAUCCCCUGGGUCAGGAACUGAUGCAGAUGUGUAUGUCAUGCUGCAAGGCACUUUGGGAGAUACUGGUAAACGAAAAUUAAUCAGAAAAGGAGAUGAUAACUUCACUGAAGGAAAGGUAGAUGUUUUUCAGUUGGAGGCAGUAGAUAUUGGGACUCUGCAAGAUAUAGUGGUUGAGAAAGGAAAAGGCUCUGACUGGCUUCUGGAGAAGAUUAUUGUGAAAGAAUUAGCAACUUCUGGGAUGGAAACAUUGUUUAUGGCUCAAACAUGGCUAAAAGACAGACGUGAUGGGAAAAGAUCUGCCUCAGUAACUCUGAAUGCCACAGAAAUCCAAGAGCAGAAGAGCACUUCUGCCUAUCCUCUAGGAAAAGAGCAAAGGAAUUCAGAAGGCAGAUGGAGGAUUUAUUUCACAAAACAUCACGAUGAAACAAAAAAAGACUUUGAAAAGUUGUCAGAAAAUAUAUCCAAGUUGGUUAUGGUUUUUUAUGGAAGCAACGGCAAGUCAAAUCCAGUUUCCAUGGAAAACAAACUGGAACAUCAAGCUAAGAACCAAAUAACAUACGAUAUAAAUUUACCAUCUGAUUUGGGUAUCAUUUAUAAAGUCAGACUUGGAUUCCAGAGUUUGGAAAGCAGCAUAUCACACUUGUCUCUUCAUCACUUUAAAAUGCAGAACACAGCAACCCUGGAUACCUUUAGUCUCACUAUAAAUAAAACACUUCCUCUUUCUCUUAAUGGAGACAGAUGGAUUGAAUUCCCUGUAGAGUGGCCAUUAAAAGAAGCACUUUCUGUGGUUACGUAUCAUCUAACAGUAUUUUCUAGAAAUAUAUUGACUGACAGAAGUGUAGUGCAUAUGACUGCGUGUAUACAUGGUACUCAUGGCGACACAGGGGACAGAUCCCUUCUCUGGCCAUUGCAGAAUGUCCAGCAGGGAGAUGACAGUGAGUCAUUACUUGUCAUCAUGGAUGCUGUUGAACUGGGAGAAGUGGACAAAAUUGUUCUCGUAAUCAGCAGUAAGAAAGACUGCAAAUUGGACAUUAAAAAAUUGCAUUUGAAAAACUCUGUAAGGGAUCAUCCUAUCUACGUGUUUGAAGUGAAUGAAGCUUUUUCUGUGGAUCCAAAUAAGCCAGAAAUACAGAGAGAAAUCCCAGUAUCUUUUGUUAUUGGAGGAGACAAACCAAAUAAUGGCAUAAAUGACUUAAAUAAAGAAGAAAGUCAAGAAGGAAAUCAGACAGAGUAUACUAUCAAAGUAUACACAGGUCACAGAAUGGGGGCAGGAACUGAUGCCAAUGUGCAUAUUGUUUUAUUUGGGAAUGAAGACAAAUCUGAAGUGUUUCACCUCUCUCAGUCACUGGAGCAUCAAGAUCCCUUUGAAAAAGGAAUGGUUGAUACAUUCAAGAUCAAGACUAAAAAAUUAGGAAGCCUACGUUCAAUUGAAAUUGGUCAUGAUGGAAAAGGAUUUGCAAGUGGCUGGUUUCUGGAAAAAGUAGAAAUCAUGGAUGCAUCCAGGAAUUCAGUGUAUUUCUUCAACUGUAACAGUAGCUGCAAACUCUCAGUACCUGAGAGAGCCUGGACUGCAGCUCACAAGGGCCAGCUUUACAAAAAUGAUUAAUGUCACACAGUAUCUCAAAGCAUAUCUCUGUACAGCACUGCACUAAAAU